UUUACCUCUUCCUUUUUCCCAUCCUGACCUUCGUCCAUCCACGUCGUGAAACCAUCAGGCGACUUAUAUGACUUCAGCUGUCCAUGUCCCUUCUGUAUCAACCUCCUCUGCCUCUACAGCUGAUAGUAGUAGUUGCUCCUCGCCCUAUGGUGACGGUCCUUUAGUACCACCCGACUUAUUGGAGUCUUUAAUCAAGCACUCGCUUUUUCAACGAACAAACAACCAAUCUUUCAUAUACCAAGUUGCGAACAAGAUGUCUAUGCGAAUAUUCCAGCCAAAGGAUAUCAUCAUCAAGUAUGAACGUUUUUCUAACUGAUGCUAUCUCGGCGUAUAAUCUUCUCACGUUCUUUUCUUUCCGUUUGCUACAGACAAGGUGACCCCUCAAAAGCGCUAUUUUUCUUGUUACGAGGAACCGUGCACGUCUGUUCUCGGGAUGCUGAGUGCAUCUUUGCCGAGUUGCAGCAAGGUUCUUUUUUUGGAGAAAUCGGGAUUCUCUUUUCCAUUCCGCGUACAGCCACUAUCAUUGCUGAUACCAAGUGCUUCGUGGCUUGUCUUACUGCCGAAACCCUUCACAAAAUUCUUCCAAAAUAUCCUGAGGUCGAAAAAGUCAUCCGAUUCGAAGCGGAGGAACGUUUAGCGAUACUAACAAAGAAGCGCCAGCAGUAUCUGUCUCCUCCAGGCGAAACUGGUCGUAGAAGAAGCGAAGAAUUGGUUGACAAGAAUUCUUUUGUGAAAGCCAGUGUUUAUGGAAAUAUAUGCAAACUUCAAAUUUUCAGUGAUUGCGACAAUCAGGAUUUAUUGCACACAAUCGCUCUUAACGUCGACUCGAAGCAAUUUUUACCCAAUACUACCAUUAUUCAUCGUAAUGAAGCGUCUUUCGAAACUUAUUUCAUAAUUUCUGGAACCGUUGAAAUCGUUGCACCUGUUUGCUUAGACACAUACUGCUUAAAUACUUCGGAUGCAGUCAUUUGUAGACUCGGUCCAGGGUCGCAAUUUGGCGAAGUCGCCGCUUUACUUGAUAUUCCGAGAGCCGCGGAUGUACGAGCCAUCACGCCUGUUGAUUGUUAUGUUUUGACGCGAAGCAAGUUGCGUCGAGUUCUUCAUCAGUAUCCCUGGUUUGCCGCCAAGAUGAAAGAUAUGGCUCAAGAAAGGCUUGCAAAGUUACGGCAUAUUCAAACAUAUGAUUUCUCCGCCGUCAUACCAAUUGAUGGAUCUACUGCGUUAGCAGCAUCGCAUGAUACCUCGAUAACAGGUGAUGAAAGCCAACAAGUUCCUCAAGCACCAUUACAUGGUGGUGUCGACACUAGCACCAUAUGUAGUACAUCCAGCGAUCAGGACCCAACAUUAUCCGGUGCCGUGUCGAAAAUUCGCGAAAUGGGUACAAGAAAAAGACGUGCCAGCGUUGCUGUUUGGUCAGACCCCAAUUUACUCGCUUUCGCCGAACAGAAAGCCGCUGAGCAGAUGCAAGAGGCUGCUUAUGUACCUUCACGCUUUGAAGAGCCUGUCAUGAUGGAAACGGACGUGGAAACGGCUGAAACCACGCCUUCAAAUAAGCCAAUUUGUCUGAUUGGUAUCAAAGACGAUUUAUUAAUCAACAUUUUGGAGUUUGUGGACUUCGCCACCGUCAUGAGAUUUAGAGGGGUAUGCAGUCGAAUGGACAAAUUAUUAAGAAGUCGAAAAGCACGCACAUUGUUCGAAGAGGUCGAUUUGUCACACUGGAAUAAGAAGAUGGUGGACGAUGUUUUCGUUCCCAUAUCGACCUUUUUGGGCACUCGGGUGCGAGACAUGAAUUUGUCAAACUGCUUCCAUUUGACUUUCAAAUCUUUCAAAACAAUUUCAAACAACAACACCAAAAUCACUCGAUUGGACCUCCAUUCCUGCUGGGAGUUGGUAGACAGCAGCUUGGCUCUGCUUGCUGGUGGCUGCCCCUACUUGACCGACAUCGACUUGUCCAAUUGUAGGAAGAUAACAGACCGAGGCAUUUACGCCUUGUUCUCAACGCCUCGACAGUCCUAUACUGAAGCAUCACCUUAUAUGAUUGUGGAUAACCAAUCAAUACCCUCGACGCCGUCAACACCAUCAACACCACCUGGUGGAAUUUCUCACAUCUCCCUUUCAUAUUGCAAGAAUUUGACAGACGUAUCCAUGAGACAUAUUGCAGAAUUUGGCGCAGACACACUGGCAUAUAUCAAUUUUCAGCGAUGCACUUCCAUAACAGACGCGGGAUUCGAAUCUUGGCAACCAGGGUCAUUCCGGUGCCUUGAAACAGUCAUUUUGAAUGACUGUACGUUUUUGACAGAUAGGGCUAUUGCAAGUUUAGCGCGCGCGGCACCCAACAUUCUCUACAUAUCUUUGAGCUUUUGUUGCUCUCUCACCGAUAACGCCAUCGAAAUGUUGGCUCGCCAGUUGCGAUAUCUUGAACAUCUCGAUGCUUCAUAUUGUGGGUCUGCUGUAUCGGAUGCGUCGGUUCAAGCAUUAGUGCAAGAAGGCUCGCCUAAUCUCAAGGAAAUUAAUGUUCGUGGCUGUGUGAGAGUCACUGACACAGCUGUGUAUGCUCUACUUGCUAUCGCUCGCCAACUCCAUCUCCUCAACAUCAGUCAAUGCCAGAGUGUCACAAUCAAAACAAAAGACAUGCUUGAACACUACAAAGAAAAAGAAAACUGUGCGCAAGUCGUUGUUUAAUCGCAUCAACUUCUUCGCAAUCCCCAACCGUCUGCAAAACCAGACAUUCAGUGCAGACACAUAUUUUCAUGUAAAGAUACGUUCUAUACUUUAUCAUUCAUGCUUGCUUUGGCAUCACCCCUUUGGCAACGCUCUCAAUUGAGUACUUUGUUCACUCAAAUGUAAAAAAUGUAAAAAAUUGUUUUUCUUGGUGGUAGUCGACUCCUCCACAUGCAAGCGAUGGCUUAAAUGAUGUACACAAUAAAAUAUAUAUUUGUCUUUGAAUAUUCGUUUCUAUCGUCGCUUGCUUUGAGACAAUUCACUUGACUAUCAGCGCCGCCUGAUGUCAACAAAUACAAUCAUCUCAAU